AUGAGGCUGGAAUGCCCGCAGAAGAACCAGGAAACAUGGAAAAGGGCUGGGGGACGGGGUGCUCGGCCCCCCGAGGUGACCCCAGUGGCAGUGACAGACGCAGAAGCUGUGUUUCGCCUUAUGGGUGAAGCUGCUCGGGCUUUGCAGACGCCGCCACACCAGGAUCUCCCGCGCUGCCCAACCAUGGUCAAUCCUACCGUGUUCUUUGACAUCGCCGUCGACGGCGAGCCCUUGGGCCGCGUCUCCUUUGAGCUGUUUGCAGACAAAGUUCCAAAGACAGCAGAAAACUUUCGUGCUCUGAGCACUGGGGAGAAAGGCUUUGGUUAUAAAGGUUCCUGCUUUCACAGAAUAAUUCCGGGAUUUAUGUGCCAGGGUGGUGACUUCACACGCCAUAAUGGCACUGGUGGCAAGUCCAUCUAUGGGGAGAAAUUUGAUGAUGAGAAUUUCCUCCUGAAGCAUACGGGUCCUGGCAUCUUGUCCAUGGCAAAUGCUGGCCCCAACACAAACGGUUCCCAGUUUUUCAUCUGCACUGCCAAGACUGAGUGGUUGGAUGGCAAGCAUGUGGUCUUUGGCAAGGUGAAAGAGGGCAUGAAUAUUGUGGAAGCCAUGGAGCGCUUUGGGUCCAGGAAUGGCAAGACCAGCAAGAAGAUCACCAUUGCUGACUGUGGACAAAUCUAAUAAUAAAUUUGACUUGUGUUUUAUCUUAACCACCAGACCAUUCCUUCUGUAGCUCAGGAGAGCAGCACCCCUUCAUCCCCAUC